UUAUUUAAUUUUCUUAAUUAUCUUCACAACUCUACACGUGGACUCCACAACAAGUCUCGUGUUUUACUUUCCCAUACAAAAUUCUUUCCUUUCCAAAUUGCAAUAUGUAAUCUCAAUUGCCAAUGUCGAAGCGGAGCCACCAUCACUUGACGGAUCGGUGCAUCGCCGGCGAAGACUUGUCCGAGUUCGGCGCUGCCAAGGAAGGAUGGCUAGCCCCUGACGCCAGCACCACUCUUCUAUGUGCUCUCGACGCCCAUUCUCUCGCCAUCGCUAACCGAUCUCUUAUUCUCAUCAUCGGAUGGUCCGACCCGGAUGAGUUUCGUGCCAAGAUCCGACCCGAUCUGUCACCUAUAGAGGCCGAGCACAUCACGGCCGUAGAGUGGCUGGUUUUCUAUGAGAUUAAAGCGAUUGCAGUUGGGACCUUUCGAGGGUUUAUCAUGGUUUACACUUUGCGAGCUGAUUUGAUUCAUAGACAAAUGGUAUAUCCAGGACGCAUCGUAAAGUUAAGAGUCCGUGGAACUAAGAAAGAUCUAACACAAGAUAUAUCUUCAGAGGAGGUCUGUGUUGUCAUACCUGGUGUAAUUGCUCGUUUUGAUGGAUCUGAUAUUCAGUCAAGUCAACGUUACUAUUGUGCAGUCACCAUUGGAGAUGAUGCUGUGAUCUCAGCUUUCAGACUUUCAGAAGAUAGGACCUGUUCCUUGAUAGGAGUUAUUUUGUCAAAAGUUGUGCCUGCAACAUUUUCCACAAUUGCUUCUUUUUCUAAAAUGAUAUGGCGGAGUGAACAAAUGCCAAAGAGGAAGUCAGAAGAGAAGCCUCAAUCAUUUGCUCGAGCUUCUCCUUUGACAUGUUUGAAGGAUCACCCAAGAAAAGGGGAAAAGCUCACCUUAUCACCCAGUGGCACUUUGGCUGCUAUUACAGAUUCACUUGGUCGUAUAUUGCUCUUAGAUACUCAGACACUUGUAGUAGUGCGACUAUGGAAGGGAUAUUGUGAUGCAAGCUGCUUCUUCAUGGAAAUGUUAGUCAAUAAGGAGGCUAUAGGGUCAGGUUGCUCUUACUAUGAACCAGGAAAGAGUGACUACUGCCUCUGUUUAGCCAUUCAUGCACGUCGAAAAGGAAUUGUUGAGGUCUGGCAGAUGUGAACCAGACCACGUCUCCUAAGCAUCCAGUGUGCUAAAGGUUGCAGAUUAUUACAGCCAACUUCCCGAUUUGGAUCAUCAUUGGACUCUCCUUAUGUUCCUCUGGAAGUUGUUUUGUUAAACGGAGACUCUGGUCAACUGUCAGUGUUGAAUCGCUUUCUUAAUUGAAUAUAAUUUUGCAUAGAAAGUUCAUUCUUUGUUCCAUAUUUCAUUUCUUCGCCUCCAUCUCUGUUUGUUUCCUCUGUGACUGCAAAUUAAGGUGCCAUGAAAUGUAAGUUUGUAGAAAGAAUGAUGGUACUAAUCAUGCCUCCUUUAUGUAAGUAAAUUGGAAAAAAAUGGCUUAAUUUGAUAAAGAAACUUGACU